CAUCUGGAGCAGUAAGAACGCUGUUCCAUCAACGCUCCUCAGACCUCUCAGCUUUACGACUCUUGGAUCCUCGCUGCCAAUGAAUCUGUCAGCUUCCUCGUGACAUUAAAGAGGGUCUUUGCAGCCCUCUUCAUCAGCAACGGGCGCCCCGAGCCAGCUGGCUUGCCUCGCUGGAUCCGUUCUUCAUAUCUGAGUCCCACACUUGGGCCUCGCCCAGAUGCUCAAGUUUUCCAGAAGGGCUCCGAAACAGAAGCUGUGGUGUGUCUUUGUUGACAAAGACAGCCCGCGGAUGGUCUUGCAAAUCUCAUCGGAUGCUCUCUGGAGUGCUCGGGAUUAGCCGGCCCAGGUGGAAGGGCUUGCGGAACUCUCUGCCACAGGAUGUGGCCACGGCUGCUAGCCCAAAUGGCUGUGAAAGUGGGGUGUUCGCAUUUGCGAGGGAGGAGAGGUCUGUCAAGGGCAACAGGAUAGCCAAAUAAUAGAAUAAUAAGUGGGCAUAAGAAAAGCCCUGCUGGAUCAGGCCAAAGACCCAUCCAGUCUGGCAUCCUUCCUCAGUCAGUGGACAACCAGGAGCAUCUGGAAACUCACAAGCCAGGAAAAGAGGGCAACCACCCUUUCCUUGAUUCUCCCUAGCAUAUCCUCCAUGAAUCUGUCUAACCUCCUUUUAAAACCAUCCAGCCACUGGACAGCCGCUGCCAGUCAGGGUAGACAAUACUAAUCCCGAUGGAGCAAAGGUCUGACUCAGUAGGCAGCGGCUUCAGAUGUUCAAUCUGUUUCCUAACAGGGGUGUUUUGAAUUCUUUCCUGGUCCUUGUGGUACCGUUUGUGGUUUGCCACCAAAAUUACAACUGGUUAUGUACAACCUCCACAACUGCUGUCUGGGGAAGAGAAACUUAAAGGAAGAAAGCCAAGUAUCGGGAAGGGGAAUCAUAUUCACAGAUCUGCGCUGUCAAGAGUGCCAGGUGCACAAGAAGAUGGAUGUUGUUACAGCCCCGUGCCUUCCGCGAUCUCUCUGCGUGACUAGAAUCCUCGUUUGGUGGUGGUAGAAUUACCGGCAGAUUAGUUCUUGGUGACUCAGACUGUAAUCCGAGGCAGCUUUUUGCAGAGUAAGAAUCCACCAUGAAAGAAGGACUCGGUUCGAAGCACGGCAUCGCGGCUCAAGGAGAAACGUGAUCCGAGGAAAGGCCAGAAGGUUUUGAGGGUGAGGGAAUAACGGAGGACUUGAGACAAUAACAAAAAAAUCGUGUUUGGGAGUAAACACACUAUUGUCAAGGUGCCUGCAAAGCAACACACAGCUACAACUUUGCACUGAUUCUGAAUAAGGAGCUCAGAUCAACAGCGGAAGGAAAAUGAGCGGUGCAGGAGUUGCCGCAGAGCUUACGAGGAGAUGGAUGCUGCUGAGCGAGGAGGCAGAUGCAGACAGAAACCCAACUGGUGGGGACGGCUACGAAUGGACUGCGAAGGCUACCAAGAAUAACCCGAUCCUUGCUGCUGGGCAACAGAACUGGAAGGGGCUCCUCCAGGCCGCCACAAAUGGCCACACACAGCUGGUCAAACAGCUGCUACAGCAAGGGGCCACCACCGAGAGCAGAGACGAGAACGGGUGGACGCCAUUGCACGUUGCCUCCUUGAACGGCUAUACCGUGUUGGUCAAGUUCCUGAUCCAGCGAGGCGCAAUGGUCCAAGCCGCCAGCCCGGCGUCCUACACGCCCUUACACUAUGCCUCCUGGAGUGGACACACCCACGUGGCCGAGUUCCUCCUCUCCCGGGGCGCCCCGGCGGCCGCGACAACCAAAGGCGGCCUCACCCCGCUUCAUGUCGCGGCCGCCAACGGACAUACCCUGAUGGCACAGCUGCUCUUAGGUCAAGGAUGCGACCCCACCAAUAUGGACAUCCACCAGUGGUCCGCCUUGCAUUGGGCAACAGCUGGCAACCAGGUGCACAUCAUGGACUUGUUGAUUUCCCGGGGCAUCGACCCCGAUCUGGGAGAUGGCGAGGGCAAGAUUGCUCCGCUCCAUAUAGCCGCUGAGAUCGGAAGGACAGAAGCUCUCCGGUUCUUGCUCGCCAAGGGAGCUGAUGUGGACGUCCAAGACGGCCUGGGAAGGACUGCUCUUUCCAUUGCGUCUAACAACGGCCAUCAAGAGAUGGUGGAGUUACUCCUACGGAGCCAAGCGGCGGUAAACCUGGCUGAUCACUCCGGCUGCGCCGCGAUCCAUAAGGCCGCCACGGUGGGACACCUGCUCACCAUCAGCCUCUUGGUGGAAGAAGGUGCCGCUUGGGUGAAUGGACGGGACGGUCUCCAUCUUACUCCUCUUCACCGAGCUGCCAGCCAGGGCCACGUCGAUGUGGCCAGCUACCUCCUGGACCACGGAGCCGACGUCGACGCGGCUGGUUGGUUGGGCAAGACCCCAUUGCACCUGGCUGUGGAAGGAAGCCACCUUCCUGUGGUGGAACUCUUGUUGGCCAAAGGGGCAGAUCUCACGCGGAGAACGUGGUGGAAGGAGACGGCCAAGGAGCUGGCAUCGGAGAGUGCCAGAUCCGGAGGUGCCUGCAGCCAGAUGUUCCCCAGGCCACCCCAGUCUUACCUCACCUGUGCUUCCUCCACAGACUCCUGAAUGGCCCCCAAGUUUUGGCCCUCGGUACUGUGACGAAACGUGGGUAACUGAGCAAAGAGGCACCUUUUAAAGUGGCGAUUCUCUUCUAUUUAGCAGGAGGAGAGCAACUGGCCCUAUCCGACCCCAGCACAGCCUCCCUCCAGUGACUGUUGCUGGUGUCUGCCUCAUGUUUCUUUUUAAAUUGUGAGCCCUUUGGGAUCAGGGGGCCAUCUUAUUUAUGUAUUAUUUGCUUUUCGAUGUAAACCAUGUUACUAGAUGGGCCUUCUCGAGGGCCCAUAUGAAUGCCCUCCCUUUGGAACUUUUGGAUGGUAGAUAUAGUAGAAUACGAACUGAGCAGAGAUAUUGCCCCUGUAACUCUGAUGAGAUUGAGUCAGUCGCACAUGUUGUCCUGUGGAGUGUCUUUUAUAUAGACCUUAGGCGAGGUUAGAGUGCUGGUCUAGGACUGGGGAGACCCGAGUUCAAACCCCCAUCCAGCCAUGAUCCUAGCUGGGUGACUCUGGGCCAGUCACUUCUCUCUCAGCCCAACCUACUUCACAGGGUUGUUGUGAGGAGAAACUCAAGUAAGUAGUACACCACUCUGGGCUCCUUGGAGGAAGAGCAGGAUAUAAAAAAUGUAGAAAUAAAAAUAAAUUAAUUAAUUGACCCUCUUUUAUAUCAUCUGCAUCAAAUAUUUGCUAAUAGAUAUGAAUUCAUCUCUCACACACACAGUUGCAAAAUUCUGUUCUACAAUACGAGUUCGUUGCACCCUGCUCCCUAAUGGUUAGAUCCAAUGUGCAGUGAUGUUAUUUAUAAGGCUAUGUUUAAAAUGUUAUAUGAUUUUAGAUGUUGUGUUAUUGGCCAAAGACCAUAAUAAAGACUGACUGACUAACUAACUAAUGUAAACCGACUUGGGAACUUUGGUUGAAGAGCGGUGUAUCAAUAUUCGAAGUAGUAAUCUUGGGAGGACGUUCCUUCCAGCCCAUUUUCAUUGGGCAGCGAUACAAUUUUAGAGCAGUGUGUGUGUGUGUGUGUGUGUGUGUGUGUGUGUGUGUAGCAACUUUUAAAACACCAUUGCAAAAGUGACCGCAGCAGACCCGAGGGUCAAUAACACACCAAAAGCUGAAAGUAUAUUAAUGUGAUCUCCUACUUUCCAUCUCUAGGGGUGCAGAGCUGGUCACAAAUCACAUGGAGUGUUCAUCUCCCUGAGAUGGUACCCAGUUAGUUCAUUCCUAAAACCUGUAAGUUACCCCUGCUAACUGAGCGACAAGGCACCUUUUAAAAGUGGUGAUUCUCUUUAUUUAGCAGGGGAGGAGCAACUAGCCCUAUCCGUCCCAAGCACAGCAUCCCUCCAGUGGCUGUUGCUGGUGUCUAGCAUGUUUCUUUUUCAGAUUGUGAGCCCAUUGAGGACAGGGAGCCAUCUUUAUUUAUUUGUUUGAUUAUAUCUGUAUAAACCAUUCUGGGAACGUCUGUUGAAAAGCGGUAUAUAAUCCAUCAUAUUUGUAUUCAUAUCCGUAAUCUCAGUUGCUUGUAGGAAAUGUUUGUAAACGUUAAUCCUCGGGGAUGUUAUGCUUAUGAAUAAAUUAACAGGAUAUAUAGAUAUGUAAUAGAGGGAAACCAUUUCCAAAUGGACAUUUACUCAGGGAUGGGAACCGUUUCUGUCUUAUUGGAACAGAAGGCACCUGACUCAAACAUGCCAGGCAAAAAGUUCUUUCUGUAACAUAAUAACGUAUUACGCCUUUUAGUUACUAUAAAUGUUAUACACUGCAUAUUGCUAUAGAUUAAUUUGUAUAAAUGUAUUGUGUCGUUUUUUCCUUUCUGUCUUAGUCUGCCCUCCUUUUAAACUAUAUACAAUGGUUUUAUGUUUUGUUUUGUUUUUGAGAUGGUGGAAAUUAUUAUGAUCAACAUGUCCAGUUUUAAUACACAGCUGCAACUAUGAAUAUGUAUUAGCAAAUUAACCUUGCUUUGCAUGUGAUUGUCCUGGUUCAUCUGGCUUUGUUUGACAUGUAAAACUUUAUAAUACCAUUCAAGUUUGUUAGUUUUUAAAUAAAGGCAUUUCCUCAUCCCUCA